AUGGCGUCAAGAUUAUUGAAGAGAGCUGGCAUUUCUCCUGAAUUAAGCGACCAACUAAAACGACACAAAAUAGAAAGUUGUAAGGAUCUGUUGACACAUACUUCUUUUGAAGUGAUGUACGCAGCAGGGUUGAGUUACCAGAAUACCUUAGAGAUGUUGGAGGCUGUGAGCAAGGUCAUUGCUCCACCAAUCACUACGGCCUUGGAGCUGUGGAAGCUGUGGAACUCAGGCUCUUGCUUUUCGACAUCAAUACCUGCUCUAGACAAAGUGCUGCGAGGAGGACUUCCUUGUGGAACCAUAACAGAGGUGACGGGACCAUCUGGCUGUGGGAAGACUCAGUUCUGUUUGACGCUGAGUGUUGUAGCCACCCUGCCAAAGGAGUUGGGUGGCUUGGACCGCAGUGUCAUCUAUAUUGACACAGAGUCAGCAUUCUCUGCAGAGAGGUUGGUGGAGAUCGCACAGAACAGGUUCCCAGACUACUUCACAUGUAAGGAGAAAGUCCUGCAGAUGGCAAGUAGGGUCCAUAUUUUCCGGGAGAUGACCUGCCAAGAUGUCCUCAACAGACUGGAGAGAUUGGAAGAGAUUAUCAUCUCGACCAGAGCUGGGCUGAUUAUCCUCGACUCAGUUGCUUCAGUGGUCAGAAAGGAAUUUGACACCACGUUGCCAGGCAACCUUAUACACCGUAGCAACCUGCUGGGACAAGAAUCCACCACCCUCAAAUAUUUGGCCCAUCAGUUCAACAUCCCUGUGGUCCUUACUAACCAGAUCACUACUCAUAUAGUUAAUCAAGGUUCCGGUACAGCUAGUGAGGGGGACUCAGGACUAGUGACAGCAGCUUUGGGAAACACAUGGAGUCACAGUGUCAACACACGUUUUAUCUUGCAGUAUGUUGAUGGACGUCAGAGACAGCUAUUGGUCGCUAAAUCUCCUGUGGCUCCCUUUGUUGUGCUGAACUACACGAUCCAAAAGGAAGGAAUUGCUAUUAAAGAAAACGAUGACAAGGAGACUUUUUAUGAGGGCACCGAUCCCAGCCUCCAGUCCAUCAGAGUGAGAACUUCAAUCAACGUUGAUACAACAUGA